AUGGCACCACAGGAUUCUUUUAUCGAGGAAGAGGGCGAUACAUGCCCUCUCUGCAUAGAGGAUUUCGAUCUUUCAGAUCGGAAUUUCCGGCCAUGUCCUUGUGGAUAUCAGGUUUGCCAGUUCUGUUUUAAUAAUAUCAAAAAUAAUAUGAACGGCCUCUGCCCAGCUUGUCGACGCCCCUACGAUGAGAAAACGAUACAAUACAAAGUCGUCACAACAGAAGAGGUGGCUGAAUUCCGUGCAAACAUCCAGAAAAAUCAAAAGAAGCGAGCCCAGGAGCAACGACAGAAAGAGGCCCAAAAGCGGGAAGCCGAGAAGGAGAACCGCAAAAAUUUGGUCGGAGUGCGAGUGGUCCAGAAAAACCUAGUGUACAUCACAGGUCUCGCGCCGACAGUGCGGGAGGAUGAGCUGCUCAAAACACUACGGAAACCUGAAUUUUUCGGCCAGUACGGCAAUAUUCAGAAAAUCUCCAUCAGCAAUAGGAAGAGCUCGGAUGGGCAACAUCAGUCACUCGGUAUCUACGUGACCUUCGAGAAACCGGAAGAAGCCACAAAGUGUAUCCAAGCCGUCCACGGCUCACAGAACGGCGAUCGGUACCUAAAGGCUCAGCAUGGGACGACGAAGUACUGUUCGGCAUGGUUGAAGAACGAGAAGUGUAAUAACCCUGGAUGCAUGUUCCUUCAUGAGCAAGGCGACGACGAGGAUAGCUACACUCGUCAAGACUUAUCCUCUAUGAACAGCAUACAUACCCAGAGGCCACUCCCUGGUGGAGGAAGCAGCGGCUCCUCACGGGUCGCGUCUCGACAGCUUUCCCACCCUACGCCGCCGCCGCAGCCGCAGCCCCAACCUGCCGCUCAAGCCAUGGCUCGAUCUGUGAGCAAAGACGGGUCUGAUGGUGGUGUAGACUCAUCUGCUUUACCAUCUUCGGCGAACUGGGCUCGAAAUCCACAGCGCAGUCGUCGCGGAAGCCAUGCUACCAGCGCUGCUGCAUCGAGUCCGGCCGUAUCUGCCGCCUUAGUAGCCACGGCAAAGGUUCAAGUUCAAGAGGAAGCAGUCGAGGAUCCUGAGCCGGCAACUCAGCAAGAGUCCAGUCCCCAGCUGCAACUCCAAAAGAAGCCAUCCGAAGAGUCCUGGCGGUCUGUUCCAGAAACCUCGCUCAAGGCUUUGAUCAAGAUCCUUCACGAAUGCCCGUUCCCCGACUUUCGAAAUGCGCUCCUUGAUGACUCUCAGUAUCCUCCCUUGUUCGAUAUUCAAGGGGGUGAGAGACGAAGGGCCAUGAGAGAGGAGGAUGAUCUCCGAAUCAAUGGCGAACAGGAAGAGCAGGUUGAAGCUGUUGAGCAGUCCGAGGGAGAACCAGAAGCCGGCGGGAGCCUGGCGUUGGGAGGUGAACCUGAGGAGCGUGAAGUGUCGGGGGAGAGCCUAGGCUUCGAACAAAGAAGGCCAGGAACUCAGCCGCCGAUCCAGCGAACAAAUACAGAUGGGCCAUUCGGUCCAGCCUUGGGCGCCUCGGCAUUUGGCCAGACUUCCACCAACCCUGUCACUCGAACCAUGACGCCUCAACAGAUUUUCAACAUGCGGUCCCAGGGUGGUUUCAACGAUCAGAUGCCACCUGGUAUCUCCAACCAGACCAACCUUUUCCAAUCCCAAGGUCACAAUCGACAGUCCUCGCGCUUUAACUUUGCCAACGAGAGCGGUAGUUCUGUGACGAACAUUAAGCUGUCAGCGAACCCCCGCAUCAUGGCGCAACAAUCAUCAAUGAUGCCAAAUUCGUUUCAAUCUCAAGGCAACCAAUACUAUGCAUCGUCAAUGCCCGGUCCGCCACCUGGGCUUAAAUCAACCGGAACCCCCCCAAAUAUGUUUGGGCAGAGCGGGUUCGCCGGGUCUGCCUUUGCAGGUACCCCGAAAGAUUCAUCCAACGACCUCUUACAAACCUUAAUCGGACGUACUCGGGGAGCCAACAAUCAAGCUCCUGAUACUGGAAAGCGUGAGUACAUGAUCUCUUCUUUUUCUAAUCAGUACCCACCCUCUACCUCUACCCCAGCUCCUGCUCCUGGCCUUCUAUCGCUCUAUGGCACUCAGCCCGGAGCGUUCCAAGAUUUUGGUUCCAAGCAGAAGAAGAAGGGGAAGAAGCAUAGACAUGCUAACACUUCCUCCUCGGGGGGGAGUGGCUUAGUUGAUCUUGCGGACCCGAGUAUCCUUCAGGCAAGGAUGCAACACCAGCCGCAGAGCAAUGCCGGAGCCGCACAUGGACUGUUUGGUGGUCAGAGCCAAGAUGACGAUCUGCCAUCCCUGGAUGAAGCUACGAGCUCGGUAGAUGCAUUGGUGUCCGACGACACAUUUGAUAGUAUCAUCCAGUCUGUGUCAGCUCUACAGAACCCCAGCGGUCCGUCUGUGCCGCCUGGAUUUGAUGACUCCAUGGGUUACCGCCCUCCCGGCCUAGGAUACGAUGCAUUUCAAAGCCAGUCUCGUUUCACGAAUGCUAUGACUUCCAUCACAGCCGGACCGCCACCCGGUCUGUCUGCUGGAGUAUUGACUCCAGAACAACCGCCUCGUAGUGUGCUUGCACCAAGCUCAACUGAGACGAGACAGGGAGCCGGAAGCUUGGUUGCUGAGAGUGGGCUUGCAAAGAUCAUGUUAGGCCAGAGCCAGGCAGACCCAGCUCGGCCCAGCACUGCCCUUCAGGAAGAAGAUUUCCCAGCUUUGAAUGCUCCCAAGUCUGGAAAGUCCAGUGGACGGCCCUCCCUGACUGCUGUCCCAGCAGUUCCAACCCCGAAGGGCACCCCGGCCCUGAAGAAACAGCAACUCGACAAGACAAUCAGCACUCAACUUAGUAGCCCGGAUCCAAAAUCGCCCGUGCUUGCUAGAGCGGACGUCAAGAGGGUUGAAACUCCUUCUCCCCCCUCGCUCAAGACAGUUGAUACUCGCGACAAUCACGAGAAGCCGUCGAGCGCUCAAUCUAGCGCUUUUCCACCUCUUCCAAUACCCUCAUCGGGCAAUGCCUCCCCCUCCACCACGCGAGCGCCCAAAACACUGCGGCUUCUCCCCAUCCAAAAAAUGGAAGUCCCACCUGUGGCCUCGCCAAUCUCCGCCGUGUCGAGGGCGCUCUCCUUGACAUAUCGACCGGGCACUCCUGGUAGUGAGAUGAUUAGUGACACAGCUUCCGUGGUUUCGGCGUCCGUGUCUGCAUCUCGAGCUGGAUCUCCUCCACCAUCCAGAGUAGGCGCUGCUGCAGUGCGUACAACCACGAAGAGCCAGCAACGCAAGCAACGAAAGGACGCCCUCAAAGAAGAUACAAAAGCGAUCGUUGAGGCUCCGAAGCCUGAGCUAGAGGAACAUGCUCCGGUGCUGGGUCGAAAGAAGAAGGUGAAGAAGGAAAAGGCGCGAAAGACUGUCGUGCCUCAGCUCCAGGAAACGGCAGCGGGAUAUGACGCGAAACUUGUCGAGGAAGAGAAGCCCGCGCCGGUGAAAGCCGCCGAAGACGUUGUUCAACCACCAGCUCCUAGCAAACAAGAAUCGCAGGCUCCGCCAAAACCAACCAGCAGCGAACGCAAAGCCGAGAACAAGGGCAAGGCGGUUGAUCGUGCUCCAAAGCCAUCCCCCGUAAAAAUCGAGGACGACAACGAGACUCAAACUGCAGAGCCAACCCCCGUUUCAGAAGGCGGUGAGGUUGAGGAAGGCGACAAAAACGAGAAACCGCAGCUCGGGCCGCUUUCUAUAUUCAUUGAUAUUAAAGACAGCCUCUGGACGGCCACCGUCGAUAAACUUCAAAUGCUAAAGCCAGUGACAUCUGCUUCCUCCAGGGUGGAGCAGAGCACCUCCCGUGACCGCACUGUGUCCCCGGCAUCAACUGAGGACCGGGCCACCCGUUGCAAGGACACCGCUUGCAAGUGUGGUGAGAUUCAGGACUCCGACCUCACAGCAUUGCGAGCCGGAAAACCUGUCCGCAAACAGUUUCACGUUGAUGGUAGCAGAAUGCUGAUAACGCCCAAUGGGGAUUGCGUUCGCGGGUUGACUGUUGAAGAAGAGAACACGUUCCUGGAUUUGCAGAAUUCCAUUGCCGGCCAUGCCGAGCAUCCUGGCGCUUUUGUUGCAGCUCGGCACCAACCUGGAAGCGGCGCGUUCUCCCUCAUAAAGGGGAGGGCUGUUCCCAAUGGGCGUCCGAACAUCUUCCCCGCCACAUCCCAACCCCAGACACAAGACCCGAUCGGAAAGCUCCAGCGAGAGGAUGCCCUCAGCUACAUCAACCAGUACGUCCUUCCAAGGCUCAACCUGGGCCCCACCAAUGUCGGCUGGCCAAAGGGCGCAACCUUGCGGCAAGAUGCGGCAGCGGCAAGCCUCAACUCCUUGGCCCCAUAUUUCUAUGGUCCUGAUGCUGCUGCCGGCGUUGGUAUCUACAGCGCUCCAGACGGCAAGGAUUUCAGUACCCCCUCGACAGUUCUUCAUCAUCCUACUGAGGACGGGGCGGCCAAGUUUGGCAAUGCUGGUGUGAGUGGUAUGCCUCUGAUGAGCGUGGAGGAUGCCGAGGGCGCACUCGUAGCAGCCAGAAAGGAAACGGAGAAGCUGGAGAAGGGCUUGAACCAGGUUAUUAAGAGAAACCGAAGGCUUCUGGUCGGAACCGGCAACUAA